UGACUGUUGCACCCUCUAUCCCAAGUCAUCCAAGCCAGCCAUGGCGCUGUUGGCGCUGUGGAUCAUCGUUACAAGCUUCGCAUCUGUGCUGUGUGCAGAGAUUGGGCCCUACCUGGAGAUCCAAAGGCACAAAGAGGCCGUUGAAAAGUUGGACCAGGAAGAUUCCGGGAUUUUGGACGGCAUUGUCGCAGUCGAGAAGCAGCACAUGGAGCAGGUCGUAUUGUAUCACGCCUUGCCAUUCUACCUCUACAUUCUCAUGUGGAUCUGGAAUGGUGUCGUAGACGAGAAGGCGUUGAAGUGGCAGACGGAAGAUCUGAAGACACCGUACCCAGUGGCAAAGUCUCCACUGAGCAUGCGGGUCUUUGAAGGCAAAAAUCGCUUCCCAUCCUUCUCAGCGCCAGAUCCCAGGGUUUGUAAGGAUUCAGUCACUGGUUUCGCUGAAGUGAGAGAUCAGCGGGACAGAGUGGGCAAGAUCAUGUCGACCGGCACAACGCAAGUGGGCGUGAAUUUCCAGAACGGUGAGUCGGAGGACUUUUCACUGCAGCCAGACGGUUGCUUUGAGCUGAUCUACACCGGGCUCGAGGCUCAAGGGAAAUAUGUGGAGGCCUUGAGCGAAGCUGAGUUAACCAAGCAGCAUGUCGACAACUCCCGCAGUUUCUCAGAGUACUUGGAACGGAUCGGUGUGUGGAACGACACCAAGAACACGCCUGAUCAUAUUGCUGGAGUGAGACAGAGAAUUAUCUCGGUGAACUUGAAUGUCUUUGGGUAUUGGCGGACAGGCUGGACAGAUUCCAGCUGGGACAUUUUCCGCAAAGGCCUCACGCUGCAUGCCUUUGGCCUGGGCGGACGGGUGCCGUUCCUGGAGGACAUUUUCAGCAACCUCCAGGCAUCGACAGACACUCAGAAGACGGUCGAGAAGCAGCUAGACUUUAUGACUUGCAUCAUUGGAAACAGAGAAUCAACAGCUGACUGUGACUCGAAGUUCGACGAGUCCCUAUGGAGCUGUGAAAGCGAGGACCAACUGGUCCAGCUGAAGAAAUCCAGCCCCAAAGCGGAGAAAUGCCACAAGAUCAUCACUGGCACAUCAGACAAUGAUCAAUGUGGCACUGAUGUCUUGCUGCAACUGAUCCUUUCGAGAGACUUGGCAAAUGAGUUGGUCUACGUGAGCGUUGAAGGCGGAAAACCCGGCUGGGAGAAUGCCAGCGAAGCGUUCUCGGAGAGCUACGAGUACGUGAAGGUAUGGUGCUCCGCGCCAACAACCUUCCACCACGACAAACUGAAGAAUCAUGAAGCCGGAGAUUCGAAGCAAGGGCGGGUUUUGCUGAGAUCAGAUGCCUUUCACAACGGUCGCCUGGUCACCUUUGCGGGUCACUCCUCUCUCUUCAAAGAUGAGCUGAUGACAAGCCUUAGUAGCUUGGGAGAGGAUGUGCGCAGGACGCUACUGGGCCGCUUUGAAGCCUGCGAGCGUCCAGACACGACCGCCCCAGGCACCACCAUGGCGCCCGAGAAGGAUCCAUCCACCACUGCGGCUGAAGAUGAGUCCAAAAAGAAGAAAACACCUGUGAAAUUUGAUGUUGGAGUCUUCAGGGUUGUUGCUAUUCUGCUGCUGGCUGUGGGUGCCAUCCUGUUUGCAUAUCAUAGAUGGCAAAGACGACCUCGACAGCCUCAAGAGGAUCGACGUGUUAUUGAAAUGCCUGAGCGUGCAUAAACAAAUGAAUGAAUGAAGGAAUCAAUGAAUAAAA